UGGACGCCAGGGCAUUGAGAGCAUCUGCGGAAGCAGAUCGCGAGGGUGCGGGUGGGCCUCGUUGGAGUGUUGGGAUUUGAGCUGCGGUUCUCGAACCCAGGAUCUCGAAAUGCAUCGUGAUUCCUGUCCAUUAGAUUGUAAGGUGUAUGUAGGUAAUCUUGGGAACAAGACUGAAUUAGAACGGACAUUUGGCUAUUAUGGACCGCUCCGACGUGUGUGGGUUGCUAGAAACCCUCCUGGCUUUGCUUUUGUUGAAUUUGAGGAUCCCCGAGAUGCUGCUGACGCUGACCGAGAGCUAGAUGGAAGAAAACUAUGUGGCUGCCGAGUAAGAGUGGAGCUGUCGAACGGUGAGAAAAGAAGUCGGAAUUGUGGCCCCCCUCCCUCUUGGGGUCGUCGCCCUCGAGAUGAUUACCGUAGGAGGAGUCCUCCACCUCGGCGAAGAUCUCCAAGAAGGAGAAGCUUCUCUCGAAGCCGGAGCAGGUCACUUUCUAGAGAUAAGGAGAGGUCUCUGUCUCGUGAGAGAAACCACAAGCCGUCUCGAUCUUUCUCUAAGUCUCGUAGCCGAUCUAGGUCAAAUGAAAGGAAGUAGAAGACCAGUUUGCAAAAGAAGUGGUGUACAGGAAGUAACUUCAUUUGACAGGAGUAUGUACAGGAAAUUCAAGUUUUGUUUGAGACUUCAUAAGCUUGGUGCAUUGUUAAGAUGUUUUAGCUGUUCAUGUUCCCUUAAGCAAGAUUGAAUUUGCUUUGAACUUUAGUUUUUCAUAGACUGAAAUAAACCUAGAUCCUGCCCA